UUCUAAAUCGUCGCGGUUUGCGCAGGAGGUGGUGUAAGGAUUAAAAACGACUCCGGUGACGAAAUCUUGUCAUUCUGGGGAAAGCAGCGACCGGUGCUUUUGCCUCCGAGGAUCUAGAAAACGGGAAAGAGUUUAACUGUAACAGUUCCUCAGACUUGGAGCUUCUUGAAACUUGGAAGUCCCAUGAAAAAUGGGGGCUUUUUGGCAAUUUCUUUGGCUGCUGGCAAUUUGGCUUCAUGUUAGUGCUGAGGGCGACAAUGACGGGGAUGUAACUACUUCAGUGGUGUAUCCUGUUUACAACCAAAGUGUUUCUGAGAACCUUGGAAAUGAUUGUGCUGUUUUUGAGUGCACGGAGGAUGGGUUGUUUCCUGACCCAUGUGACUGCAGCAAGUAUUAUGAUUGUUAUUUUGGAAUUGCUCAUCAUAACACAUGUCCUGAAGGAGAACUCUGGAGUCAGCAGCUAAAGGCUUGUGAUUGGAAAGGAAAUGUUAAGUGUACUGGUGGUCAGUUAAUUUUGACAAACACAAAUGAAGAUGCUGAUGUCCAAAGAGCUGAAGAUAAAACCAGGUGCAGCAGUGGCAAUGAAUUUGUCAGCGUUUGUUACUAUUCAAACUGGGCUUACUGGAGACCGGGUACUGGUAAAUAUACUGUGGAUGACAUAGAUACAAAUUUAUGCACACACCUUGUGUAUGCCUUUGCUGUUCUUGAUGCAAGCACGCUUACCAUCAAAGCUCACGAUUCAUGGUUAGACCUGCCAAGUGGUCUUGAUAAUUACAAGAAGUUCACCAACGUAAAGAAUCUGAAACCAGGGAUUAAAACUACCUUAGCUAUUGGAGGGUGGACUGAUUCACAGGGGUCAAACAAGUAUUCCAGGCUUGUGUCGUCUAGUGCUAGUAGACAGAAUUUCAUAAACCAUGUGAUCCCAUUCUUAAAAAGCUAUAAUUUUGAUGGUUUAGAUCUCGACUGGGAAUAUCCAAGCUCAGGAGAUAAAGCCAACUUUGCACUAUUUGUUAAGGAACUGAAAACAGCUUUUGUACCUGAAGGCUUGUUACUGACUGCAGCUGUUGGAGCCUCAGAAGCAUUAGCUGUAUCUUCAUAUGAUGUUCCAACACUCAGUCAGUAUUUAGAUUAUAUUCAUCUGAUGACUUACGAUUUUCAUGGAUCAUGGGAGGCCUUUGCAGACCACCAUUCUAAAUUGUAUAAUGAUGGUGGGAAUUUGGAUGCAGACUCUACAGUUAAGAAGUGGAUAGCAAGUGGUGCUUCAGCCAGAAAACUUGUAUUAGGGGUUCCUAUUUAUGGGCGUAGCUUCACAUUAAGUUCUUCACAAAAGACUCCACCAGCACCAGCCUCUGGAGGAGGGAAUCCAGGUUCCAUAACACAAGAAGAAGGUUACCUUGGUUAUCUUGAAAUAUGUCAAUACAUCAAGAGUGGUUGGACAGUUGUGAAGGACAGCAGUGGAGCAAGAGGCCCCUAUGCAUAUAGUGGGAAUCAGUGGGUUGGUUAUGAUGAUGUGGAUAUGGUUCGUAUCAAGGCUCAGUAUGUUAGAGCAAAGGGACUUGGAGGAACCAUGGUUUGGGCCAUUGAUUUAGCAGACUUCAAAGGGGUUUGUCCUCUUGGAAGAUAUCCUCUUCUGUCUGCUAUGAAAUCAGAGUUGCUUUCAUCAGCAAAUUGUGUCACUACGCAAAGUCCAGGUACGCAAGGUCCAGUAACCACAGUGAAACCCCAAACAGUUGCAUCAACGACAGUUCGCCCCUCUUGUAGUUCACAGUUUGUUUGUGUUGCUGAUGGGCUGUGGGCUGAUCCAUGUGACUGUCAGAAAUAUUAUCAGUGCUAUCCAGGAGGUGUCAGUCACUUUACAUGUCCUACAGGCACACUCUGGAAUCAGAAUUUACCAGCAUGUGACUGGGCACAAAAUGUUGUGUGUACAGUUAAUCCUGCUACUACGACAAAGCCGACUGUUGGUACUGUUACCCAAAACCCGAUAGGCAGGACUGAUGAAAUUUGUAGCAAUGUUGACGAAUUUGUUAGUGUAUGUUAUUACUCCAACUGGGCAUAUUACAGAUCUGGUAGUGCCCAGUAUACUGUAGAUGACAUAGAUUUGAAUCUGUGCUCCCACCUUGUGUAUGCUUUUGCUGUUCUUGAUGCAAGCACGCUUACCAUCAAAGCCCACGAUUCAUGGUUAGACCUACCAGAUGGUCUUGAUAAUUACAAUAAGUUCACUAACCUAAAGAAUCUGAAACCAGGUAUUAAAACUACCUUAGCUAUUGGAGGGUGGACUGAUUCACAGGGGUCAAACAAGUAUUCCAAUCUUGUGUCGUCUAGUGCUAGUAGACAGAAUUUCAUAAACCAUGUGAUCCCAUUCUUAAAAAGCUAUAAUUUUGAUGGUUUAGAUCUCGACUGGGAAUAUCCAAGCUCAGGAGAUAAAGCCAACUUUGCGCUAUUUGUUAAGGAACUGAAAACAGCUUUUGUACCUGAAGGCUUGUUACUGACUGCAGCUGUAGGAGCCUCAGAAGCAUUAGCUGUAUCUUCAUAUGAUGUUCCAACACUCAGUCAGUAUUUAGAUUAUAUUCAUCUGAUGACUUACGAUUUUCAUGGAUCAUGGGAGGCCUUUGCAGACCACCAUUCGAAAUUGUAUAAUGAUGGUGGGAAUUUGGAUGCAGAUUCUACAGUUAAGAAGUGGAUAGCGAGUGGUGCUUCAGCCAGAAAACUUGUAUUAGGGGUUCCUAUUUAUGGGCGUAGCUUCACAUUAAGUUCUUCACAAAAGACUCCACCAGCACCAGCCUCUGGAGGAGGGAAUCCAGGUGCCAUAACAGAUGAAGAAGGUUACCUCGGUUACCUUGAAAUAUGUCAAUACAUCAAGAGUGGUUGGACAGUUGUGAAGGACAGCAGUGGAGCGAGAGGCCCUUAUGCUUAUAGUGGGAAUCAGUGGGUUGGUUAUGAUGAUGUAGACAUGGUUCGUAUCAAAGCUCAGUAUGUGAGAUCCGAGGGACUUGGAGGAACCAUGGUCUGGGCCAUUGAUUUGGCAGACUUCAAAGGAGUUUGUCCUCUUGGAAGAUACCCUUUACUGUCUGCCAUGAAAUCUGAGUUGACAUCAACAACUUGUGGGACUACACAAAACCCAGUUACACAGGGUCCUGUGAUCACAGAGCAGCCCCAAACUAUUGCAUCAACUACUACGUUAAGUCCAGUUACACAGGGUCCUGUGGUCACAGAACAGCCUCAGACAGUAGGUACAACUGAAGGAGGGUGCAACAUUACCAAGCAUUUUGUCAGCGUGUGCUAUUAUUCCAACUGGGCAUAUUGGAGACCGGGUAGUGGCCAGUAUACAGUAAAUGACAUAGAUUUGAAUCUGUGCUCACACCUUGUGUAUGCCUUUGCUGUUCUUGAUGCAAGCACGCUUACCAUCAAAGCUCACGAUUCAUGGUUAGACCUGCCAAGUGGUCUUGAUAAUUUCAAUAAGUUCACUAACCUAAAGAAUCUGAAACCAGGUAUUAAAACUACCUUAGCUAUUGGAGGAUGGACUGAUUCACAGGGGUCAAACAAGUAUUCCAGGCUUGUGUCGUCUAGUGCUAGUAGACAGAAUUUCAUAAACCAUGUGAUUCCAUUCUUAAAAAGCUAUAAUUUUGAUGGUUUAGAUCUCGACUGGGAAUAUCCAAGCUCAGGAGAUAAAGCCAACUUUGCGCUAUUUGUUAAGGAACUGAAAACUGCUUUUGCACCUGAAGGCUUGUUAUUGACUGCAGCUGUAGGAGCCUCAGAAGCAUUAGCUGUAUCUUCAUAUGAUGUUCCAACACUCAGUCAGUAUUUAGAUUAUAUUCAUCUGAUGACUUAUGAUUUUCAUGGAUCAUGGGAGCCCUAUGCAGACCACCAUUCUAAAUUGUAUAAUGAUGGUGGGAAUUUGGAUGCAGACUCUACAGUUAAGAAGUGGAUAGCGAGUGGUGCUUCAGCCAGAAAACUUGUAUUAGGGGUUCCUAUUUAUGGGCGUAGCUUCACAUUAAGUUCUUCACAAAAGACUCCACCAGCACCAGCCUCUGGAGGAGGGAAUCCAGGUGCCAUAACAGAUGAAGAAGGUUACCUCGGUUAUCUUGAAAUAUGUCAAUACAUCAAGAGUGGUUGGACAGUUGUAAAGGACAGCAGUGGAGCAAGAGGCCCCUAUGCAUAUAGUGGGAAUCAGUGGGUUGGUUAUGAUGAUGUAGACAUGGUUCGUAUCAAAGCUCAGUAUGUGAGAUCCGAGGGACUUGGAGGAACCAUGGUUUGGGCCAUUGAUUUGGCAGACUUCAAAGGAGUUUGUCCUCUUGGAAGAUAUCCCUUGCUCUCUGCUAUGAGAUCUGAAUUACUUUCAUCGGCGGAUUGUGGUGGUACUACCCAAAACCCAAAUACUACACAAGGUCCGAUAACCACACAGGGACCCCAGACAGGUGCCUCUACAACAGCUAGUCCGCCUUGUAAUUCACAGUUUAUAUGCCCUGCUGAUGGACUCUGGGCAGAUCCAUGUAGUUGUGAAAAAUAUUACCAAUGCUAUCCAGGCGGUGUUGUUCAUCAAAGUUGCCCUGAAGGUACACUAUGGAAUCAGGCAUUACAGUAUUGUGAUUGGUCAUACAAUGUGGUGUGCAAUGUUGUUGGUCCACCACCCCAGACUUCAGAGCAGCCUCCUACAACAACUCCACCAGAAUGUGCCAAUACAUUUGUCUGCCCUGCUGAUGGGCUAUGGGCAGAUCCAUGUAAUUGUGGAAAAUAUUACCAGUGCUAUCCAGGUGGUGUUGUUCAUCAUACUUGCCCUGAAGGUACACUGUGGAGUCAGGCAUUACAGUAUUGUGAUUGGUCAUACAAUGUUCAGUGCAAUAUUGUUGGUCCAACUGUUACAGUACCACCACUAACCUCACCGCAGCCUCCUCCAACAAAUGAACCAGAAUGUGCCUAUACAUUUGUGUGCCCAUCAGAUGGUCUUUGGGCAGAUCCUUGUGAUUGUCAGAAAUACUAUCAAUGCUCUCAUGGCAAUGGCUAUCACUAUUCUUGUGGAGAUGGUACACUAUGGUUCCAGAGUAUAAUGAACUGCAACUGGGCAAGUCAGAGUCAGUGCACUAAACCAUCUUUACCAGUGUGUGGUGGAACUGCAACAUAUGUGUGUACUUCUGCAACUGGCACCGUGUACAUGAUGUGCUCUGAUGGUAGUAAAGCGAAUUUCAGUUGUCCCAUGAAUCUUGCUUGGAGUUCAUCUGCAAAGAAGUGCGUGCCUUUUUCUGACCCAAAAGUUGGUUGCUGAUGUUUAGAUGAAGUUUUAAUGACUAAAGAGGUUGUGGGUACUGUAUAUUAGGUCCAUAAACAGGCCAUGCAAUAUGAGCAGUUAUGGCAUAUAAUUUUUAAUGUUUUAAAACAAUAUUUUUGAAAAUAGCAUAUUUUUACAGAACAGUAUUUUUAAAUUUUGAUUUAAAACUAAGGAGAUUUUUACAGAAGUUUUACAUUUUAAUUUAAACCUUUUUUUUUGUCACAUGUAAAAUUCUAAAAGCAAGCUUCCAUGGUGCUCGUAUAGUCAUAAUAGUAAUCCAAUAUGUAAUCCUUUUUACUGCAUUGAUAAUACUUUUCUCUUUCACUUUAAUGUAAUUGAAUGUAAUGUUUCAUAAAAUCUCUCUGAAACCAUAAAAGGAAAUUUAAGGUUCUAAUCUUGAAAACUGUCCUUAAAAUAGUUCAUUUAAAUAUUUCUGCAUUGUCAUAAAGUAGAUCCAUUCACUGUAUUUUUAAUCCGUUAAUUUCUUAUAAAUCAGGAUAUUUAGGAAAAAAAUCAUUGGUCUAUGUACAAUUUACUUAUGAAAAGAGUUAUACAAAUAUACUAUACAAUAGAAGUUAUAA